AUGUACGCGUGCACCAAAGCACUAGGCCCUGACCUGAAGUGCGAUCUGACUAGCGCCCAGCCGUGCAUCGUGGAGCUGCUGGGAGCGGACGCGCGCUUGUACGCACUCUACCUCAAGGUUCUUCCAGGCAAAGAUCUCUCGCAAUGGGUAGACACGGGCCACUUCUUUACCUGCGGCAGUGAAGGCGACGCAAACAGAACGAUUCUCCGAAUAUCCUGUCAGAUGACAUCAGCAGUGGCGUUUCUCCACAAGCAAGCUCGAAUUGUGCACAACGACAUCAAGCCUGCGAACAUAGUUGCUCAUCUCCCUCGAGGGACAAAACUCGUGGAUGCGAAGCUCAUAGACUUCGGGCACGCGUCGGUGGUGGAGGCGGCAGAUUGCCCGGGAGGGACACCGUGGUACAUGCCGUUCGACGCCCCGAACGACCAGGGCCCGGCAAGAGGUUGCUGGGCUCUUGGUGUGACCCUUCUCUUCGUGAUGCGAGUGAUACCGUUACCUGAGAAGACACAGCGGGUGUGGAGGGUCGACCAGGUCCUACAUGACGAUAGCCAGGCCCAAACUCGGUGGUGGCGACAUCGAAUCCUUUGUGCACGAGCUGCUCAGUCCGGAUGCGGAGGAGCGAUGCCGCUAUCUGCGUCGCCUGGCGAGAACACUCCCCUUGGGGUCGCUCACCUAAUGUUUCGGACAUUGAAUUACUGGGCCAGGUGGACGGGAUGUGAGCAUACUCCUCGCGUGCACCGCAGCACGAUUUCGGAGGAAGGGGCUAUAUAUGGAAAUCUACUACGUGGUCAGAGGAGCCUUGCGUCAAUGACUGGCGUGGUGAGGUUACCUUGA